AUGUGGUCUUCUCUGUUGUUGGUAUUAUCGCUGUGGUUGAAUUGUUCUGUACUCGCUCAAACAGUCGAAUACAGCACAGACAGUUACGGAAACGUCUACUCGUCGACAGUCUACGACAGUGCUGCUUCUGCUGCUACUACAACCGCAACUUCAUUGUCAUCACUAUCAUCAUUAGAUACUGCAGCCACCACAACGGCUGCUGCAUAUCCUAGCAGUACCACACUGUACAGUUCCUACACAACUGCCAGUACGUUUGACGGGUCAACCACGUCCCCUGGUCCGAGCAACACAUCGACAAGUGUCCCUGCGAUUCAGACAGUGCCGUUUACAGGUCAAGCAUUACUUGUUGGAACAUGUGGCAUUCCACAAUUCACAAUCAUCAACUUCCCAAACGGAGGGUCUCUUGAAGUUCCUCUCGUCGGUUGUUCAGACGACAGACCAGAAUGUUGCCCGUCGUUGAAUUUUACUGAAUUCAAACCAUCACAGACAGGAAGUGGUUCAGAUGAUGGAGAUGCAUCGUCUUCCGAGUCGAGCCCUACGACUUCAUGGACAGGCACAACGCCCAGUCCCACACCAACUGGGGUCGUGUCCAUGUUGAGCGCAGCUCCACUUACUGUGUGUCCAAGCGACAUGGUCGAUCUCGACCCAGUAUGUUGUCCAAGUGGUUUCACACACUACGGACAGAGCAUAAUCGGCAAUCAACCGUGCGUCAGCACGCUUACUACGACGGUCUACUCUCCCGCUCCGUCGGUACUGUCAUCCAUCACAUCAGUCAUAUCUGCUUCGAUGGCAGCGGCAUCCACGACCACAACACCUACAGUGAGCGUCAUAAUCAAUCAGGUAUUCGCACUCGGUCUCCCAUGCGCCGACAAUGCGGAAGGAGAAAGUGGCAAGGACAAAACGCACCUGAGCACGGGUGCAAAAGCAGGGAUAGGCGCCGGAGUAGGUGUGGCUGGGAUUCUCCUCAUUCUGGGCCUCUGGGCGUGUCUCGCCGUCCGUCACCGUCGGCGCAAGAAGAUGCGCGCUCUGGAGGCAGCGGCAACGGCGGCAGGUGGUCCUAUUCGUCCUGGUGUUGUUGUCGAUUCUGCUGUCGCAGCACCACCAGGAGCAUCAGCCUACACCGCGGCGGCAGGACAGAAUCCCAACGGUGACUUUGACUUCAACAAUGACAAACUCAAACACAUGUCUACUGCCACGACGAUAUCUCCUCCACUACCGGGCAGUCCUCGCCACCCUCAGCAGCAACAAAUGAGUUACAAUAAUACUUACAUGGGUGGUGGUGGAGGAGGAGGAGGAAUCUACGGACAGCCACAACCACCACAACACGGGUACAGUCCUGCGUUCGGAUAUCCCCAAUACCACCGUCCGGAAGAUCCGUACGGUGUCCCCGUUGGUGGUGUACCUUUCGGUGGAGGUGGACCAGGUUAUUACCCGCCGACAUCUCAAUCUCCUCCUCCUCCUCCCCCGAUGUACCCUCAAGGCGGAUACUACGCCGCCGCUACAGGCGGACCUCACUCUCCAGCAUUGCCCUUACCGGCUGAAGUCGACGGCGGUGGCGGCGGCGGCGGCGGAUUAUUCGAUGCUUCCAACAGUCAUCCCCGUCGUACCAGCGCCUCCACCGCCACGGCCGUCAACACCAACACCAACAACACCACCGUGUCCGGCCCGACUUCAGCUUCCACCGGUUCUGCAGCGCCCGUCGGACAAAGCGAUCCAACUGCUGCAGUCGCUGAACUGGGAGACGGUUCGUCAUACUCUCGCCACGCCUACCAGCAGCAGCAGCAGCAGCAGCAGCAGUAG